AUGAAUUAUUAAAUUGCUCCAACUAUCAGUUCAAAAUAAUAAACUUUAGGUUAUUCUGAGUUCUAAUUGCAAAAUUAAACAAUAUAAAUAUCCUUGUAAGACUUCUAAGGGGAUUUCGAUCCUUUUUAAAAGGUAAAUAACAUUAUCACCCCUCUUUUAUUUACUUAUAAAGACAAAACUAUAUAUGAUGAGCCAAUUCCUUUAUUUAAUAGUAAAGAAUACCCUUAUCUUAUUAAAUUAAAUAAUGCUUCUCUAAUUCUAAAUACUUUGGAUCAUUAAGAUAAAUAUUAGCAAGAACAAAAACAAUAUUUAAUAGUUUUGGCAAGAUGUUCAGAUGUGUUUGCCGUAGAUGGAAGCAAUUGUGCAGAUGAGUAUACUAUUCAUACAUACCUUUCCAAAUAUCAUGGGUUUCUAUUUCUAAAUAUUAGAUUAAGUUAAUUAAAUUAUAUAACUAAGAACUUGAAUAUUUCAAUAAGUUAUAUUAUACCAGUUUUGAUGUGAAUUUACCUCAAUACUCAUAAAUUCUAUUAAAAUAAUAGGAAACUAUUAUUGAUAGUGGUAUAGUAUUUAACAAUUAUGAAUGUUUCUAAUUUCUGAAUAAUUAUGAAUUCAUUACUUAAGCAAUCGAUAAAUACUUUUCACAAAAAUAAUUAACACUUAUCUUAUUAGAAUUAACAAUAUCUCAAUUAAAGAGGAAAUAACUCAUCCAAAAUUAGGUUCAAUAUUGGCUUAAAUAGGUUCAAUUGUGUAAUUAAUAUUCCUAUUGA